UUUUUCAUAUAGCACUAAGCGGAGUUUUAGUCAGUAAAUCACGCCGACCGCUAGCGCCCUCCCCCUUCUUGCGCGUGGUGCGGUCCGCGGGGUAGCGGAAGUCUCGCUCUGCCAUGUUGAGCGCUUUGUUUCUGUAAGUGAGACGCGAUGAUGGAGCAGAGCUGGAGCUCUUUCUUAUUCCAGCAGGCUAAUGAAGCCCUUCACCACCAGCACCAUGUGGCCCCGAACAGCCUGCUGCCUCUUCUAAACUCUGACCCACCCGACCAAAAACCUGUGAUGCCCAUACCACUGGACCACAAGCCUCCGGUCAGCGCCGCCGAGCUCCUCAAGGACAACGUAGCCAGCGGGACGGGCGGUGGGGGCGGGAACCCCGGUGGAGGUGGCCCGAUGCCUACGAUCAAAAAGGAGCACAAGAGCAAAACGCCAUUCAUCUGCGGCUACUGCAACAAAGCUUUCCGGGACAGCUACCACCUCCGGCGCCACGAGUCCUGCCACACCGGCAUCAAGAUGGUGUCCAGACCCAAAAAGACUGCGCAAGCGGCACCCACCAUGGUUUCGCUCAUCUCCUCGAUGCCCCGCGAGACCACGGGCGACCCCUCUUACAUCUCCACCAUCGCUGGGAUCUUUUCCACGGCGACCACUUCUACGUCCUCCGCGUCCACCAUCAUGUCCCCGACGUCCAUGUCCAACGUGACCCAGCAUAGCGUCCCUAAAAAGCCCCCUAAGCCUGUAAAAAAGAACCACGGGUGCGACAUGUGCGGGAAAGCCUUCCGGGACGUUUAUCACCUGAACCGUCACAAGCUGUCACACUCGGAUGAAAAGCCGUUCGAGUGUCCCAUAUGCCAGCAGCGUUUUAAGAGAAAAGAUCGUAUGACGUACCACGUACGCUCGCACGACGGUGGUGUACACAAACCCUACGUCUGUUCGGUGUGCGGAAAGGGUUUCUCAAGGCCAGACCAUCUCAGCUGUCAUGUGAAGCAUGUUCAUUCCUCAGAGAGACCUUUUAAAUGCCAAGUAACGGCCUGUACAUCAGCCUUUGCCACCAAAGACAGACUUCGGUCACACAUGAUACGACACGAAGGCAAAGUCACCUGCAACGUUUGCGGAAAGAUGCUGAGUGCUGCCUACAUCACCAGCCACUUAAAAACACACGGCCAGAGCAACUUCAACAACACCUGUAACAAAGGAGACUGGCAGUGGAACCACUCAGGGCUCCGAAAAGACAACAAUGAAAUCUGCAACUCUGCCUCGACCACACCAGUCACAUCCGCAGCCCCCAUCACCUCGGCAAUGAACCGUUGCCACACCAGCAACCCUGUUACCAUAGCAGCCCAGAUGAACAUCUCCACCAACACCAUUAACAUCACAUCUCCCAUCAACCUUCAGCAUCCGGUUACCAUCACCGGGCCCGUGAACAUCGCCUCCGUCAACAUCCCCUCAACCGCGCCCAUGAACAUCGCUCAUCCCGUUGCCAUCACCACGCCCAUGUCCAUGAACAUCGGCACCCCGCUCAACAUCGCCAUGAGAUCGAUGGACAGCAUGUCCUUCCUGUCUCAGGUCUUGCCGUCUUCUCCGCCCUGGUAGAACCGGGGUGUGAUCUGACUCUUCUGACCAGCCUUCUGCCCUGACCUCCAUUUGAAUCCUGUGUGGUGUGAGGAUUCACAUCAUAUGGCCACAUCGCAACACUAGAAGAUUUGCCUGGGUUGAUUUGCCCAUUGAUGGAUUUUUUUGAACGUAUGCCAUUGCACAUGGAUGAGCAGCUCCAUAGCGGGGCAUUUCACAAGUUUUUAAAAGACAAAUGCAAUAAUUGAUGUGCAUUUUUUUGUUUGUUUUUAAGUAAGCAGAGUGCCGUGGAUUACUCUACGUUUUGGAUGGCGUUACCUGCAAAUCAGUAUUUAAGGAAAUUAGGGACAAUUGCUUCCAUUGGGAGAACGUUUUUUUUUUCGUAUUAUCCAGAUUUUACGCAGGUGUGUGCGUGUCUACAUGUUGGACAUCUGAAGAGGUACAGUUGUGUAUGCCGGCUGAUACUUUCUCACCAACAGUUAUGAACGGUUUUCAUUUUUUAAUAGUGUUUGUCAGGACACUGUUUACAACUGUUAUUAUUUUAUUCUGUGAGUUGAGGGCAUCUUUGUUCUCGUAUUGUUUACGUAGUCAUUGUUUCGGUGUCAUAGGUUUUAUUUUUCUACAGAAUGGAAAAAGUCUUGCACUGAACGCGUAUCCCUAAUUUAAAGAGGCAGUAUUAUAUAAUGAUCAAAUAUUUUGAUAUGCUGACCUGUGAAGUAUACACGCAUAUCUGCCAAGUCUACAAGGUUUUGGUCAUAGGAAUUGUGCUCAAGAGCGCCCCCCUUUGUGGCUGUUAUGUGCCGUUAAUUAACCUUUUUGCCAAGUGUGGACUUAAUAGCAGGAUAGCCUAAGUAACAUUACAUCACAAGGGCACCUUUUGGAGCCUUACUGUGUGUUCACACCAGACGCGGUAGAGGCGGCAAAAACGUCCUAUUUGCGCGUAGUUGAAUAUUUUGAGUUUACUCGCGCGUGAAGUUCUAGUCAUUCAAGACAUCCACACGGAAAUUCGCAUCAUGCGACUCCGCUCGCUUCAUGUAGUUACGUCACUACUACAGCAAGCUCCUGAUUGAGUACUGCGGAACGAUUUUCCGCAAAAGUUCAGAUUUUUCAACUUGCGCGUUUCACACUCAAUUCGCAUCAUUCGCGCGAACUAGAUACAUGAAUGAGGCGGAUUCGCGUCUGCCACGCUAAACGCUUCAUUCGCGCCGCAAGACCUCCAGACACACGUAAACGGGUCUUUACAUUGACUUAACAUUAAAUAUCACUCACGCUUGACGUCUCUACCGCGGCUGGUGUGAACGCAGCAUAAUGGUGUAAAGGAUUCACCAAUACACCUUACUGAUGUAAGGGACUUUGUGCCUGACAAGCUGAGUGCGACCUACCGCUAACCUAAACAAUAUUGAGCCUGUAAAGCCCUGGAUAAACUUUUUAUCUGUACGUAAGGGUCAUCGUACAUGACGGCAUUUUCGUCAUCAGAAUACGGCUGGAUUUUUGUAGUAUUAAGGCCUGUAGUGGUAUUAUAAUUUGUCGCGAUGCGCAUGCCUUGAAGUACUGUGUAUUCUUACGAGUCGAAUGAAGUAUACUUUGCAAGGCCGUGCAUUCGACUGUGCGGGUACACCCGCGUACUCGUAAAAAAGAAAUAUACUUAGGCCUUAAAGCUAGCCUAGAAGUGAAGAGUUUCGUUGCAAAACGAGAUAAAUCCAUUUUUUUACAUUUUUGACAAAACAUGUUUAUUAUUAUGUUAUUAUUUUGUUUUAUUGUGCUACUUAGCUGUAUUUUUUACGUUAUGAAGGUUUAAAUCAAAACAAACCAACUGCAGUUGCAUUGAAAUUAAUUGGAAUGCACAACCAAAAAACGAGAUUUCUGAACAAUUAAAAAAACGGUGGUUAUCUCGUUUUGCAACGAAACUCUUCAAGUAUAGUUUUUAUGAAUGCACGUGGGUCUGGACGGAUUUUUGUAACUACUUUGUAGGCCAGGAGAUGCAUUGUAUUUUGUCGCAAUGUGCAUGCGUUGAACGUCACGUUUGAGUCAAAAAACUAGCUUUGCUAGGCUCUGUUCGCAUACAAAAACUGUAAAAAACAGACUAUACUUCGGAGUUAAGGCUGAUCGACCUGUCAGGCACAAAGCAUGCGGCAACUUUUUAUAAUUUAGUGUUCUGCAUUGAUGAGUUUUCAGUUAAGAGUUUGUAGUUAAAAGUAUUUUAUAUUCCUGUUCUUAUAAAUUCUGCUCAGGAAGUGUGCAGAGUGUAGUCCAAUAAAAAGGUUUGUAUUUCAUUCUUUUUAUUUUUUGAAAAACUGCGUGUGGAACCCACAACAUGACUUUCGAUGAUUUCAUAUCCGUGUGUAAAUAUUUUAUCUUUUCUUUAGUGUUUUUUGUUUGUUUGUCGAGUUAAAGUAGAAGGACAUCUCAGUUGGUACGUCCUGACCAACGUCACGGUUCGUUUUUACCGUACUGAUAUUAUCAUGUAGUUUCAAUCAUUAACGUUGAUCUGCUAUAUAGGAAAGUCCAGUAGUAUUCUCCUGUAGCUAAAGCCCGCAGACGUAGCGUACAAAUCAGUUCCUCUGCUUUAAAUAAUGAAGAAUGUUUACAGGCCAAUUCUGGAAAUUUCUACACUGUGUCAUUAGGUGCUCACAUGCUGCUCUGUUUUGGCUGCUAAAGAGUGUAAAAAUUGUGAGGUGUAGGUCAAAACAAGCAUAUGGAGCCCAUCCAAGUGAUGUUAGGUACGUUACAUCAGUCACUUUCUCUCAUGAGAAGAGAGUGCGGUAUUGAAAACACUAAUUAUUUGAUUUAAUUGUAUGCAAUUUUAUGGGUAGAUUCCCACCACAGGCUGUGACGCGUGAGGCGGUCAUGGGUGUCUUUAUGAAUGCCGUCCAUGCCCGCAUUAAGACUCAGGAAUUAGUUUUUCCUGAUCAGACACGAAUGAACCAGCGAUCAGUGUGUGUUUGUGAGUUUGCAUGAAUCAUUUCAGUCUCCCGUCAUGCUGGAACGAAGCAUCUUUAAAUAGUUUAGUUUGUGGGAGAUUGUUAAUGCGUGUUGAAGCAUUUGUUGUUUUUGCCAAAUUCAAACCAAUUAAUGAAAUCCAAUGAAGUGAACAUUUUGUAAUUGAAUCUAAUGUCGUUUUUAAUUCAGUUGCUGAACUGGAUGAACUUCAGAGCCCCUGUGAAAGCGGUUGAAUGUAUAUGUUUGUACAGAACUGUUUAGCUGCAAGAGUCAUAGAGUACAGAUAGACACGAGUGAAGAAGAGCAGAAUAACCUUUUAUAAAACUUUUGUAUUAGUACAUUAACAAUGGUAAUUUUGUAUAUAUGAAGACUAGGCUUUCUGAGUAGCAGAAAGGAAAAACAUUCCUACAUUUUUUUUAAAUGUAAGUUUGUCAGAAAUAAUUAUGUAAACAUUUGCAAUGUUUUAUGUGCCUUUUAUUUGGGUUGUCUAAAUAAAAGUAAACUGUAAAACA